AUGGUUGUUGACACCGCAUACUACGAUGUCCUCGGGGUACAACCCACCGCUACCGAACUCGAGAUCAAGAAGGCCUACCGAAAGCUAGCCAUCAUCCAUCAUCCUGACAAAAACCCCAACGAUCCUACGGCACAUGAAAAGUUCCAGAACAUCGGCGAAGCUUACCAAGUCCUGUCCGACACCGACCUCCGCAAAGCAUACGACAAGUUUGGUAAGGAUCAUGCCAAACCACAGGAAGGUUUCGCCGAUCCGGCCGAGUUCUUCUCCUCCAUCUUUGGCGGUGAGGCGUUUGUGGACUGGAUCGGGGAAAUCAGCUUGAUGAAGGAUCUCACAGCAACCAUGGACAUCACCAUGGCCGAGGGCGAAGACGAGGCACAGACGACACAGGAUGAUGCCGAGUUUCCCGGGACAGAAGCAGCCAAGAAGCAGAGCGCCAAGGAGCACGCCGACAAGACCUCCACGACUACCCCUGCUGCCGCCACUCCUGGCGGCGCUCACGGACCGUCGUCGUCGCCGUCGUCGUCAUCGCAGCCGUCGUCGUCGCAGCCGCAGCCGCCGCCGCCGCCGCCGCCCACCGUCGUCGUCGACGAGGACAAAACCGCUACUGCCCCUGCUCCCGAAACCAGCGCCGCAUCCGGACCUACACCCAUCCCGCCACCUCGAUCAGAUGCCACUUCCCCAGCUCCCUCGUCCAGCUCGCGCAGCCGAACCCAGCAGAUCCCCCUUCGACCCGCGCUAGCCGACAAGGCACACGACGACGUCGCCCACCAAGCCGCCGAGGACGAGCUCCGCCAGAAGGAAAAGAAGAAGGGCGGCCUCAGCAAGGAGCAGCGGGAACUCUUGGCAGCCUUGGAGCAGGAAAGGGCCCUCAUCCGCAAACAACGAGUGGAAACGCUGUCUCAGAAACUCCUCGACCGUGUGAGCGUGUGGACGGAAACGGACAAGGGCCCCGACGUCACCAAGGCUUUCCAGGAGAAGAUGCGCCUCGAGGUCGAGAACCUCAAGAUGGAGUCGUUUGGCCUGGACAUCCUCCACGCCAUCGGCCAGACAUAUGUUUCCAAAGCCUCCGGCCUGUUAAGGAGCCAAAAGUUUCUGGGAAUCGGCGGUUUCUUCAGCCGUCUCAAGGACAAGGGCACCCUCGUCAAGGACACGUGGAGCACCAUCAGCAGCGCUCUGGACGCGCAGCAAGAGGUUGAGGGCAUGGCCAAGAUGGAGGCCAAGGGUGGCCAAGACUGGACCGAGGAGAAGCGCGUCGAGUACGAGCGCCGCGUCACGGGCAAGAUCCUCACGGCAGCCUGGCGCGGCAGCAAGUUUGAAAUCCAGAGCGUCUUGCGCGAGGUGUGCGACACGGUCAUUUACGACAAGAAGGUGCCUCUGCAAAAGCGUUUGGAGCGUGCACAGGCGCUGGUCCUCAUCGGCGACAUUUUCGUCAAGGCCAAGAGAUCUCCCGAGGAAGAAGGCGACUACCUCGUCUUUGAACAGCUCGUCGCCGAAGCCGCCCUGAAAAAGGACAAGGACGAGGACAGGAAGAAGAAGGACAAGAAGGAGAAACAUCACCGCCACGCAGAGGAAGUAGCCAACGACGCGCCCAAUGUCCCCAAGACGUGA